AUGUCGAAUCUGAAUUUCAGCCCCAUUUCGAAUCAGUCAUCUAGUAUUUGCCCCACCAACGGUCGUCACACCGUUGGGGAUGGGGCUUUCACAACCGACACGACUCCUAGCGUGAUUGCAGUCUGCCGCAUGGAAGGCACCAACUCCAUGUACUACUAUUCUACUACGUUCUCUGGCGGGCCCGGGGUGAGUGCUUUCAUACCAUAUGGCGGUUUUGACAUCCCCAACGCAAAAUGCCCUCCUGACCGAGGGUCGUCAGACUGGGUGACAGACAGUCUGGCGCCAUGCGCUCUCCCCCACCUCUCCUCCUCGCCCGCUCCCUCCAUCUCUUCCUCCAUCGAUUCCGCUGCCUCCACGCUAUCGUCUUUCGGCUCCGAAGGUCCCAAUACUCGCAUCUGCAACAACAACUUCGUUGUCCCCCCGUACGGACUACCGCCGACCCCGCCUCCGGACGAGACGUCGGCCCUCGGGCAUUCGCCAGAGUUCUCCUACGCCGCGCUUCCGACCGUCAGCGCUCCGAGGGCCAUUCCGGUUCCUCACUUUCCUCCCAGCGACCUCGCUACCCCGCCGCUCACGCCAGACGAUGGCUCUGUCGGCGCGGGAGGGAGCCUCGCCGCGCUUGGGGCUAAGCAUUCGGCGUUCAUCGGCCAAGUGUUCCCGAGGAACGCGCUGUCAGCCGCGCCGUACGCCAAGAGCGUCUCGAUCUCGACGCCUGGUACUGGCGACCAGUUCGACGGCGUGGUGCUUUCACUCCCUGAUCACCCCAAAACGUUCUACGUGGACGGAAAGUGUGCCGCUACCGUGAACCUGCGCGAAAGCAUCGUCGCCUUGUUGGACUUGGCUGACGAGCAACUCGAAUGCAAUGCUCUGGUCAUCGCACUUGAGCGUUCUUCGCCCAUCCUUGGCGACCUCCUGCACUCUUUGAUGUACGUUGGAGGUGCCGUGGUCACCAAGCCACCUUUCCCUGUCGAUUCCUCGUAUGUGCUCGUGGGCAUGGAGAUCUAG